GACAGGAGGCAUGGCAGCACCGCUCCCGAUGAGUAACCACACGAGAGAGAGAGUGACUGUGGCCAAACUGACACUGGAGAACUUCUACAGCACCCUCCUUACACAGCAUGAGGAGAGAGAAAUGAGGAAGAAGUGUAUUCCUGGUUCCUGCACUCAAUACAUCUUGAUGAUGAUGAUGACGAUGAUGAUGAUGAUGAUUAGGGGCCAAGCACCGAAGGCAGAAGAAACUGGAGAAGGUGAUGGAUGAGGAAGGCUUACCUGAUGAAGAGAAGAUCAUGAGGCGCUCCCAGCAUGCGCGUAAGGAGACAGAGUUCCUGAGGUUAAAGCGAACUCGACUGGGGCUUGGCGACUUUGAGUCACUCAAAGUCAUUGGAAGAGGAGCUUUUGGAGAGGUGCGUCUGGUGCAGAAAAUUGACACAGGUCACAUCUAUGCCAUGAAGAUCCUGCGAAAAGCAGACAUGCUAGAGAAGGAACAGGUGGCGCAUAUCAGGGCUGAGAGGGACAUCCUUGUGGAGGCAGAUGGAGCAUGGGUAGUAAAAAUGUUCUAUAGUUUCCAGGACAAAAGGAACCUUUAUCUCAUCAUGGAGUUUCUGCCAGGAGGAGACAUGAUGACACUUCUUAUGAAAAAAGACACUCUUUCAGAGGAGAUCACUCAGUUUUAUAUAGCAGAGACAGUCUUGGCUAUUGACUCCAUUCACCAACUGGGCUUCAUUCACCGGGAUAUCAAACCUGACAACCUACUGCUUGACUCACGGGGCCAUGUCAAGCUAUCAGAUUUUGGCCUAUGUACAGGCUUGAAGAAGGCUCAUCGCACUGAGUUUUAUAGAAACCUUACACAUAACCCUCCAAGUGACUUCUCUUUUCAGAAUAUGAACUCAAAAAGGAAGGCGGAAACAUGGAAAAAAAACAGACGACAGCUGGCAUACUCAACUGUUGGCACACCUGACUACAUCGCCCCUGAGGUCUUUAUGCAGACGGGAUACAAUAAGCUGUGUGACUGGUGGUCUUUGGGAGUCAUCAUGUAUGAGAUGUUAAUAGGAUACCCACCCUUCUGUUCUGAGACACCACAGGAAACAUACAGGAAAGUCAUGAAUUGGCGAGAAACUCUGAUCUUCCCCCCUGAGGUUCCCAUUUCAGAGAAAGCUAAAGACUUGGUCCUCAGAUAUUGCACAGAUGCGGAGAACAGGAUUGGGGCACUGAGUGUGGAUGAAAUAAAGUGCCACCCUUUCUUUGAGGCAGUUGACUGGGAUCACAUCAGAGAAAGACCUGCUGCUAUUUCGAUUGAGAUCAAGAGCAUUGAUGACACCUCCAAUUUUGAUGAUUUUCCUGAGUCAGACAUUUUACAGCCAGUGACAAAUCUAAAUGAACCAGACUUCAAGUCUAAGGACUGGGUUUUCCUCAACUACACCUACAAGCGCUUUGAAGGACUAACACAGCGUGGAACCAUCCCACCUACACAAAGUUGGGCAAAGCAGAAGACUGAAAGCUAAGGAAGAGCUUUAAGCUUAAAACAAAACCCCUGUCUCACCUAAAUGUUCAGUGUGUUACCUUGGCUUCAGAGGCUUACUGCUCUGUAAAUAUAAGGUGCAAAGUACAUUUGCAUCGGCAUGAGCCCAGGCAGGGCAUUAAUAAAAAUAAAUGCUAGUGGGGAAAAAACCCAAAUCAGUAUUGCUACCCCUGGAUUACACUGGUUUGUAUUUGCUCAGGUAAGAGGAUGCUCAUGUUGGACAUCCUUUUUCAUUGUCCAAACACUGUACUGUAGACUUAACAGUGAAUUUAACAGGGUCUUUUAAGUUCUUACCUCACCUCAGCCUUAUGUGCAAAUCAUACAGAGCAUGUGGCAAGUGUGAAAGAAAGUUGUGUAAAUAAUUUGGAAUAAUGCUGAUUUUGGUGGAUAGAAACCUAAAAGUUAUAAAAGUUCAUAAAAGUUACUAUUCAUGCCUACAGUGCAUCCAAAUCAAAUUAACAGUGUUUUGCACAGUUAAGUGUAAUAACUACAAUAUAGUGUAGUUAAUUAAUGCACUUGCCAUUAAGCAACAUGUAAGGGUUACAUUCAUAUUUAUAUCAGAUAGAAUUUAUUGCACAGGAAGUGAGCACUACUGGCGUUCUACAUUUAACAAUUUCAAGUCUGUUAUUGCAUUAUGUCCUAUUAUAUUGCCAAUAUUGACACUCUGGUAAGCGUUUUUAUUCAAAUGUUUUGCGAGCGGUGUGUGUGUGUAUGUAUAUAUAUAUAUAUAUAUAUAUAUAUAUAUAUAUAUAUAUAUAUAUAUAUAUAUAUAUAUAUAUACACUUCAGGACAAACUGCAGCGCUUGAUCUCUCUUAAUAAAGGUUAUUGGGGGCAUAGAAUGCAUCUUUUUAUAUGACUUUGUCUGUCUUGUAUCUGGAUACAUCUGAUAAGUGUUAUUUUGCCAAAAUAUGUUGUAAAGGGACAAAUAGUCUAUUCAGCAGCUAAAGCAACUAAGAUCCUUCCUUACCAUACAGAAGGUGACAAAUUAAAGGAAAAGGCUGAAGCAAUGUGUGAAGAAACAUCUUGAUCUAGAUUUUGGAUCUGUUAUGUUGCUGAAACAUUUCUAUCCUGAUGGGAGUGGUCUGUUCCAGGAUUACAGUGUUCUUAGCCUACAGGACAUGAGUGGUCACCUAAUCGUUUCAUAUGAAAAUGAUGUAUGCUAUGGCCUUUGGUGUCAACAAAUUGAACAUCUAUUGGAGAUUUUGGAGCAAAGUGUUAGACAGCGCUCUCCACCACUGUUAUUAAAACAGCAACUGAGGGAAUAUCUUAAGGAAGGACUGUGUUCCAUGUCUCCAGUACUGUUCCAGAGACUUGUAGGAUUUUGUAGAAUUUAGCUGAUCUGGCAGCUUUUGAUGACCCAAUACUUUACUAUGGCACUUUAUGUUGUUUUUUCCUUUAACAUGUCAUCUGUCUGUGUGUAAAAUAAGGUAACUGUUUGUUGUACUGGGGACGUAUUCAUGAUGAUGAUGUAGUCACUGUAGAACUUGGUUAUUUAUUGCUUAUAAACUGAUAUCUUGUGAAAAGUAUACAAAAGCCAUGACUCUGCCCAUGAAUGUGUUGACAGUUUUCAUUCUGUAUCAGUCACCAUAACACCGAUUUGGGUUACAGAAAGCUAAUUAGGUAUAGCUGUAAGGCAAAUCACAGAUUGAUAUUAAUGUGCUUGUUAUAAUGCAUUGUUGUUUGUUUAAUUUUGAUAAUAGAGCGAAAGUUGUUUUCUGCCACAGUAAUGUUUAAGGAUGGAAGGUGGAAGGUUUCUCAGCAACAAGCUUCAUUUUUGUCUUGAUUACAUCAAGAGAAAGUGAGGGACUGACUGUUUAUAGCUGCUAUAAUGUAAGUGAUAACAGGAACUAACUUGUUUUGUGGAUGUUCCAUAACAUUAAAUGUGACUAUAAAUGGGUAAAAAGUAAGAUGUGGUGUUCUUUAAUAAAUACAUUUUUUUUAAAAAUGUAACCAUUGGCACAUCGCUGUGGUAUAAGAGGAAUAAAACACUUUGAGGCAUGCUGUUAUAAGAAACUCAUCAACUUGGGGAUUCAGACAGACAGUCGAGACAGUAUCAUUUCAGUACACAGAAGGAAUCAAGUAACACAAGCAUAGGUAACAGGAAAAUGUUAAAAAAGAACUUAGAAAAACAAUGGUUGAAUGGAUUCUUCUAGACAUAGAACUUGCAAACCUCAUAUACCCAUGAGCUUACUUUGAAGUUUUCAUAAUGUGACAAGUUUUCAUAAUUUAUGACAUUAUGAAAACUUCAAAGUAAGCUCAUGGGUAUAAGAGGUUUGCAAAUUCAUGGUAACCAAAUGGAACAAGGUUGGUAUUGUUUUAGCUUAGAACUAUUUAGAGAAAUGAGGUUGAGGGGAACAGCAUACAAAGGACAGAGUGAUCAAAUUAAUCUCAUCUGGGGGGAGACAACAGAUCACCCUGCUAUGUAUGUGAGCAUGUCUCACCUCUGAGGACGUCACACACAGCAGAAUAUAAAACCAUAAUCUGUAAAUGCUGUUUCCUCAACUUGUAUGUUACUGUUGAAAACACACUGCUCACCAUGAAAUAAGAUGUAGGAACUUCAUUCCUUUUGGCUGCAUUUCUACCUGCAUGGCAUUACAACCCUAAAAAUCUAAUAUAUUACUACAUAUUAUUAUAUAAAGGAAUACAGAAAAAAAGGUGACGAAUACAAAUGAUGAAUAGUUUACUUGAGGACCACUAGCUGCAAAACAGGCCCUGAGCAGUCAACACUAUAUUUUAUAGCAUUUAUUAGAUGCUUCUUCUUGCUUCUUCUUUCAUAGAUGAUGUUAAUUUGGUUUAAUCUGAUCACAACACACAAAUCCAGUUGUAGUUCCAAUGAUGCUUGGUUAAAUUCAGGCACUCGGGUUCCUCACAGGAAGUGAUUACUUUGUGCAACCAUUCCAAACAGCUUGUUGUUAUGGAGGUGUUGUCUAAGAGCUGAUAUUGAAAUCUGACUCCAAUAAUAAACUAAACUGUGAUGCUUGGGUCCUUCUUUGUCUCCCUCACCAUCCUGUUUGCUUAUGCAUUGAUAUAUCCAUUGCCAGACUUGUGUAUGUCAAUCAUCUCUUUAUUUUGUGUGAAUUAAAAGUCUGUUAAAAGAUCACUGGUGGUUGUCUCUCAUAUUUGUCACCGCUUAGACAUUUAGAUUACUUUAAAUUUAGGUUAGAUUAGGUAGAGGCUUUGUGCUCAAAGAAAGAGCACAGUGCAAAAUUUGAAGUUACAUUGACAGGAGCAGGUGACUUAAUUCAUAUACACUAUAUGGCCAAAAGUAUGUGGACGUCUGACCAUCACUUGUUGAACAUUCCAUCCCAUUCCAUGGGCAUUAGUAUGGGGUUUCCUCCCCCCUUUACAGCUAUAACAGCCUCCACUCUUCUGGGAAGCCUUUCCACUAGAUUUUGGAGUGUGUCUGUGGGAAUUUGUGCUCAAUCAGUCAAAAGAGCAUUAGUGAGGUCAGGGUCAAGACCUGGCUCACAAUCUACAUUUCAAUUCAUCCUAAAGAUGUUCAGUGGGGUUGAGGCCUCUGUGCAGGACACUCGAAUUCGCCUCUAACCUUGGCAAACCAUGUAUUCAUGGAGCUCACUUUGUGCACAGGAGGAUUGUCAUGCUAGAACAGUUUUGGGCCUCUUAGUUCCAGUUAAAGGAACUUGUAAUGAAUGCUACAGCAUACAAAGGUAUUCUAGACAAUUGUACUGGCUUCUUACAGUAGAAGCAGGCAUUGUUUACGUUCCUGUCUGGUGGGAAAUAUUGAUACGCAUUGGGAGAAGCAGCAGCAGGGCCAGUGACUACAGCAGCAGAGCUCCAUUUACACUUACACUCUUACCCUGAGCACAGCUGGACGUUCCAAAAAAACUUAGGCUUACAGUAGUUAUAAUAUUCUGAAAACAACCUUGAUUUUCUUUUGUUUUUCCUAACUUUUAUGAUUAUUUCAGGAAGUCACUGAAAAGCAGCUGAAAUUAGACCUGUUACAUGAAGAAUGCAAAAAGUGUUGCUAAGGUCCCCUGUUAAGUGUAACAUUUUAAUUACUGUUGGUCCAUUCCAGUCCUAGGGUUUGUUGGUGUCAGGUGUUAGAGACAGUGACAAUUGCGGUGAAUGCUUUUAUUAAAAAUAAAGAUGGGCAAGCACAAACAAAUCCAAAACACCAAAUAAGGGUCAGAAUCCAGAAUCAGGCAAAGGGUCAGGCGAUGUACAAACAGGUAUUCGAGAUGAGACUAAUCAUGAAACAAGAAGUAGCAAACAUGAAUCAAAGGCUUGGUAUGUCAGAUGAGUAAUAGAGCUGAACAAAUACUUCAUGAUAUGUCUAUGUUGGGAGUUGGAGUCCAUGGUAGCCAUGUUUGUAGUUGGAGGUACACUCUGGGAAUUGGAGUCAGAUGCCGAAUUCAGCAUUGUCAUGACAGAACCAAAGAGGAGCUCACUCUGGGAGCUUGGACAAGGCUUGGAUUUCUCAGGAUGCCAGGUAUGGAAGUUGUGAAUCAUAUGGGGGUCAAGCACAUCAUUGUCCUACCAGUCAAUCAGUUACUGGACCUUACCCUCUCUGUGACAUGAGUCAGGAAUGGCUUUGAUUCUGUAGGAAGGUUCUCACUAAAUUUCAAGAGGUUCAGCUGGUGUGGGGGUACUCCUUCCACUUACGGACUUUGAAUUACAGGCUUGAGGCAUGACACGUGGAAGGAAGGAGAGAGGCGGCAGUUUUUAGGACGCUCAAUGUAGGUUACAUCAUUGAUUCAUUGGAGAAUCUUAUAAGGUCCAAUGUAUGGGUAUAAGGUUUCUGCAAGUGAGUUUUCUGCACCCUUGGUCAAUGCAGAUGUCCCACAUGGAUACCCAGACUGAUCUCUGGGCUGGUAUUCAGGAUGUUCUGUGUUGAUUAGAAAACUCCUUUGAAGGAAAAACUCUUUAGAUGCACUGAAAAGGGGUGAGCUGAUUGGCUGAAUGCCAGAUAAAUAAUUUUGAGCAUACUCAGCCCAUGGGAGCAAACAGACUCAAUCCUCUUGGUUAGAGGCACAGAAAGACCAUAGACCUCUUCCUAUUUCAUGAUUGGCCCGCUCCACUUGGCCGUUGGACUGAGUGCAGUAGCCCGAGGUGAGACUGAUGGUCACACCCAGCUUCUCCAUGAAGUUCUUCCAAACUUGAGAGGUGAAUUGUUCUUCUUGGUCACUUACAGUAUCGGAACACAUGAUUAAACAUGAGAUCUGCAGUUUCAAAGCUGUGGGUAACUUGGGCAGUGAUAUCAGGCAGAAGGACAUGUAAAACCGAUCAACGAUGACCAAAAUCACUAUUUUCCCAUGCAAGGCAGGGAGGUCCGUCAUGAAGUCGAGGGCCAGGUGCGUUGUGGAGUGGGCAGUGGCAUCAGUUUCCCUGCAGGCAGGGUUCAUGGGACCUUGGACUGUGCAAAGGCUGUACAGAAUUAGAUGAAUUCGAGGAUGUCCAUUAACAUGUGCCACCAGUAUUUAUUUCUGAGCAGGUCGUGGGUUUUAUGGAUGCCUAGGUGUCCCUUAGCCAUUUGUGAGCCCAGGUGAUCAGUCUGGACUGUAGAUGGAGUGUUACAAAAGUCUUUCCCUGAGGGCAGUUGCUGGGAACGUGGAGGUGGUUGGCAUGGUUUAUUUCUUGGUCCAGAUCCCAGGUUAGUGCACCUACGAAGCAUGAUUCUGAAUGGGUUCCUGGCUGAUUGUUCGAGGUGAGUUUGGGUGCAUGCAGGAUAGAGUAUCUGCCUUCCCAUUCUUGAAGCCUGGACAGAAGGAGAUAGUGAACUGAAAACAGGUGUAGAAUAACGGCCACCUGGCUUGACGAGAGUGGAGUUGUUUAGCGGUUCUCAGAUAUUCAAGGUUUUGUGGUCAGCGAAUAUGACGAAGGUGUGCAGGGCGCCCUCGAGCCAGUAUCUCCAUUCCUCCAAGGCUAACUUAACAGCCAAUAACUGUUUCCCACAUCAUAGUUGCAUUCCCAGGCAUGUGUUUCUUGGAGAAAAAAAUGACUGGGUUAGAUUGGGUUUGAAUCGUUGAGAGAGUAUUGUUCUAACCACUGUAUCGGAG